GCGGCUGCGAGGGAGGCAGGGCAGCGGCAGGAGCCUGGCGAGCUUGGCGAGCGAGCGCCGUGGGCAAUGUCGGGCGGGCGGAGGGCGAGCGGCGGGCCGGGCGGCGGGCGAGCGCUGGUGCUGGGCGCUGUGCUGCUGGGCCUGUGCUGGCGGGCGGCGGCGGAGCGGCUCCGCUACUCCAUGGCCGAGGAGCUGCCCAGAGGCUCGCUGGUGGGGCCGCUGGCCCGGGACCUGGGGCUCAGCGCCCACGAGCUGCCGGCGCGCAAGCUGCGCCUCAGCGCGGACAAGCAAUACUUCACGGUGAGCGAGGGGAACGGGAACCUGUACGUGAGCGAGAGGCUGGACCGGGAGGAGCUGUGCGGCGAGUCGUUGUCCUGCUCGGUCAGCUUCGAGGCGCUGGUGCACAACCCGCUCAACGUCUUCCAUGUCGAGGUGUCCAUUGAGGACGUGAAUGACAACGCCCCACGCUUCCUGCAAGACAAAUUCGAGAUGGAGAUCAACGAGUUGACUUCUCCCGGCGCCCGAUUUGCCGUGGGCGUGGCCGAGGACCCGGACGUGGGCAGGAACUCCCUGCAGGGCUACGAGCUGGAGACCAACGGGUACUUUGCGGUGGAGGUGAAGGAGAGCCAGGAUGGCAACAAGUUCGCAGAGCUGGUGCUGCACCGUGCGCUGGACCGAGAGAGCGAGCACAGUCUGCGUCUGAUGCUGACUGCGCUGGAUGGCGGUGACCCGCCCCGGAGCGGCACCGCCCAGCUCUGGAUCAACGUCACCGACGCGAACGACAACCCACCCGUGUUCGCGCAGGACCGGUACCGCGCCAGCCUGCGCGAGGACACGCCUCCGGGCUCGACGGUGCUGAACGUCUCCGCCUCCGAUGCUGACUCCGGAACCAACGCCCACAUCACCUACAGCUUCGGGAAAAUGCCGGCCAAGGUGCUUCAAAAAUUCAUGAUGGACGCGAAGAGCGGGACAAUCACACUGAAGGAGGGGCUGGACUUCGAGGACACGCGAGGCUACGCUCUGUUAGUGGAGGCAAAGGACGGUGGGGGUUUGGUGGCGCACUGCAAGGUGGAGGUGGAGGUGCUGGACGUAAAUGACAACGCGCCCGACAUCGAGAUCCUGUCGCUGUUGAGCCCCGUAUCUGAGGACGCACCAGUCGGCACCGUGGUGGCCCUGCUGAAAAUUCGGGAUCGAGACUCCGGCGAGAACGGUGAGGUGUCGUGCGAGCUGUCGGGAGAGGCGCCGCUGUCGCUCGUGGCGUCGUCGGGCGGCUCGUCCAAGGUGGUGACGGCGAGCGCGCUGGACCGCGAGCAGGCGUGCGAGCACCGCGUGACGGUGGUGGCCCGGGACCGGGGCAGCCCGUCGCUGUGGAGCAGCAGGGAGCUGGUGCUGGAGGUGUCGGACGUGAACGACAACGCGCCGGUGUUCGAGGAGGCGUCGUACAGCGCGUACGUGCGGGAGAACAACUUGGUGGGCGCGCUGGUGUUGCGCGUUGUCGCUCGGGACUCGGACGCGGGCGCGAACGGGCGCGUGAGCUACUGGCUGUCGGGCGGCAGCGCGGGCGCGGCGGGCGCGGCGCCGCUGGUGUCGGUGGAGGCGCGGAGCGGCGCGGUGUACGCGCAGCGCUCGUUGGACUACGAGCAGUGCCGCGAGUUCGCGGUGGCCGUGCGGGCGCAGGACGGCGGGUCGCCGGCGCGCAGCUCGACGGCCACGGUGCGCGUCUUCGUGCUCGACCAGAACGACAACGCGCCGCGGGUGCUCUACCCGCCGCCGGCAUCGGGAGCGGCGUCGCCGGGCUCGGCGGGUUCGGCCUUCGAGGUGGUGCCGCGUUCGGCGUCGGCCGGCUACCUGGUGGGCAAGGUGGUGGCGGUGGACGCGGACGCGGGGCGCAACGCGUGGCUGUCGUACGAGCUGGUGCAGGCGUCGGAGCCGGCGCUGUUCCGCGUGGGGCUGCAGAGCGGCGAGGUGCGCACGGCGCGGGCCGUGUCGGAGAGGGACGCGGCCAAGCAGCGCCUGGUGGCCGUGGUGAAGGACCACGGCGAGCCGGCGCUGUCGGCCACGGCCACGCUGCACGUGGUGCUGGCCGAGAGCUUGCAGGAGGCGCUGCCGGAGCUGAGCGAGCGGGCGGCGGGCGCCGAGGCGGCGGGCGAGCUGCAGUUCUGGCUGGUGCUGGCGCUGGCGCUGCUGUCGGCGCUCUUGGUGCUGAGCGUGGCGCUGUUGGUGCUGGCGCGGCUGCGGCGGGCCGGGCCGCCCGCCGUGCUGCGCUGCCUGGGCGCGCAGCGCUUGUCGCUGGCCGGCGCCGCCUUCCCGGCCGACUUCUGCGAGGGCACCUUGCCCUACUCCUACAACCUGUGCGUGGCGGCUCCGCCCCGCGCCGCCGCCGCCGAGGCCGCUUGGCCGCCGCCGCCGCUGCCCAUCGUGCCCGCGGAGGAGCUUGUGGCCGGGGAGCCCUGCGAGAAGCCGAGUCCGAGCAGCAGCGCCGUCCUGGGAGAGCCGCCCGCCGAACCCGACGCACUCCAGCUUCCCGUGCUCAAGGCAGGGCGGGCAUGUCUCGUUGGCGCUCGGUGCGUGCAGUGCCGGGAGGAGGCUGCGGGCGCCGCUGUUGACCGAGAGGAGCGAGAGGAAGGUGGAGCGCUGCAGCCCCGCCCGCUGCGGCCCGGCUCGAUCGCUGGAUCGCUGGAUUCCCGAGUCGGGAAGUGGUCUGUUUCCGAUCGUCCCUGCAGUGCGGAGCCGUGAUACAGCGAGGCGGAAAGGUCGGCGACAGCAGCUGAGAGCAGGAAGUCGUAGCCGGAGCGGGAGCCGGAGCGGGGAUCGGCGGCGGGGAUCUGCCGGCGGUGUUGCGGUGCCGGCGGUGCGGCGGCGGAGAUGUGCGCGGCGGGGAGGCGCUGGGGCCGGCGGCAGCGAGUGCUGCUCUGGGGCGUCCUGCUGGCGGCCUGGGAGGCGGCGUGGGGGCAGCUGCGCUACUCGGUGCCCGAGGAGAUGCCCAAGGGCUCGUUCGUGGGCGACGUGGCCAACGACCUGGGGCUGCAAAUGCCGGAGCUCCGAGACCACGGCAUCCGCCUCUUGGACAAAGGUAGGACGCAGUAUUUUGCCCUGCACGGGAAGACGGGACAUUUAGUGACGGCCGAGAGGAUCGACAGAGAGCAGCUGUGCCGGCUGGUGGAGCGAUGCGUGCUGCGCUGUGAGCUGAUAGUGGAGGGGGAAAUGAAGGUUUACGGAAUCGAAGUGGAAAUCAUGGACAUUAAUGACAACGCCCCGAGCUUCAAGGAUAUUGAGUUGGAACAGAGAAUAAGCGAAACGACAGCCCCGGGGUCGCGGUUUCCACUUCCCAGGGCUCACGACCCAGACUCUGCACGGAAUUCCCUGCAGAACUACGAGCUGAGCGGUGACGAGCACUUCUCGCUGGCCGUGCAGACGGGCCCCGGCGGGGAUCAGCGUCCCGAGCUGGUGCUGGCGAAGGCGCUGGACCGGGAGGAGGCGGCGUUUCACGAGCUGGUGCUGAGGGCGAGCGACGGCGGCGAGCCGUCCCGGACGGGCACGGCGCGGAUCCGCGUGACGGUGCUGGACGCGAACGACAACGCGCCCGUGUUCAGCCAGGCGGAGUACACGGUGCGUGUGCCGGAGGACGUGCCCGUGGGCUCCGUGCUCGUCACCGUCACGGCCACCGAUGCAGACGAGGGUCUGAACGGGCACGUGAAAUACAGUUUCAACAAAAUUUCAGACCGAGAGUCAGAACUUUUUCACCUGGACUCUGAGUCUGGAAAAAUAACCAUUAAAGGCUAUUUGGACUUCGAAGAAAUAUCCUUACAUGAACUGGAGGUUCAGGUACGGGAUGGCGGUGACCUUUCCGACACAACAAAAGUCGAGAUCACCGUGACAGAUGUGAAUGACAACGCGCCCGAACUGACAAUAUCCUCAGCGGUGCGCGAGAUCUCGGAGGACGCUCCAUCGGGGACGGUGGUGGCCCUGCUGCACGUGCACGACCGAGACUCGGGGGCCAACGGCGAGGUGCGCUGCUCCCUCGACGGAGGCAUCCCUUUCCGUCUGGAGAAGUCAUAUGAGGACUACUACCGCGUGGUGACAGCGAGAGAGCUGGACCGGGAGCAGGAGUGGGAGUACAACGUGACGGUGCGGGCGGCCGACGGCGGUGGUCCGUCGCUGCAGAGCAGCAGGGUGCUGUGUCUGCGGGUGCUGGACGUGAACGACAACGCGCCGGUGUUCUUGCAGGAGCGCUACAGCGCUCGGCUGCGGGAGAACAACGUGGCGGGCGCGCUGGUGCUGCGGGUGCGGGCGACGGACUCGGACUGGGGGGAGAACGCGCGCGUGCGGUACCGGCUGGGGGAGGGCGGUGUGCGGGGCUCGGCGCUGUCGUCGUACGUGUCGGUGCAGGCGGAGACGGGCGCGCUGUACGCGCUGCGCUCGUUCGAUUACGAGCAGGUGCGCGAGGUGGGGCUGUGGGUUUGGGCGGAGGACGGCGGCUCGCCGGCGCUGAGCAGCAACGUGUCGGUGCGGCUGGUGAUCGUGGACGAGAACGACAACGCGCCGCAGGUGCUGUACCCGCCGGCGGCGGCGGCGGCGGCGUCGGGCUCGGGCCGGGCGGGCGUGGAGCUGGCGGCGCGGUCGAGCGAGGCCGGCGCGCUGGUGGCCAAGGUGGUGGCGGUGGACGCGGACGCGGGUCAGAACGCGUGGCUGUCGUACGAGCUGGCCAAGGCGACGGAGCCGGGGCUGUUCCGCGUGGGGCUGCACAGCGGCGAGGUGCGCACGGCGCGCUCGCCACUGGCCCGCGACGCGGCGCGCCAGAGCCUGGUGGUGCUGGUCAAGGACCACGGGCGGCCGGCGCUGUCGGCCACGGCCACGCUGAGCGUGGUGCUGGCCGACAGCGUGGCCGAGCUGCUGGCCGAGCUGGGCAGCGCGGCGCGGGCCGAGGCGGAGGCGGGGGCGGCCGAGGCGGGCGGCAGCCUGACGCGCUGGCUGGUGCUGGCCGUGGCCGCCGUGUCGUGCCUCUUCGUCGCCUUCCUGCUGCUGCUGCUGGCGCUGCGCCUGCGGCGCUGGCGGCGCUCGCAGCAGCAGCUGCUGGCGGCGGCCAGCGGCGCCUUGCGCGGCGUGCCGGCCACGCACUUCGUGGGCAUCGACGGCGUGCGCGCCUUCCUGCACUCCUACUCGCACGACGUGUCUCUCACGGACGACUCGCGCAAGAGCCACCUCCGCUUCUCGACCGACAGCUGCUGCCACACCCUGCCGGCCCGGCCGCCGCCCGACGAGCCCGCGCCGCUGCUCGCCAACCAGGAACCUGCCGGUGCCCAGCAGGCGGACCCCGCCCCUCUCCCGGUGAGUUCUUCUGACCAAACUUGCUCGGUCUUCUGUACAGAUGUGUUGCCUCACUAG